UAUUCUCAUCUCCAUAGCGCGCGUUAACGAAAACGAAAAUUUUUUAUCUAAAAAAUUCCCCAAUUUCUGACCUACAAAUAACAAGGUCAAUUCUACGCCAAACACUUUGAUUUCCCCGUCUUUCACUUCCACUGCUCUGCGCUUCAUCACUCACCAUUUCUGCUCACUGUCUAUUGAAUUGUUAGGGUUUUGAAUUCAAUUUUAGGGUUUUAGGAGGAACUGCUUGGUUGGUGGUUUCUAUGGCGGAGAAAACCCUAGACGAGAAGAAAACGGAGGAAGAGGAGGCUACCCCGGUUAAAGGUAAAGAGGAGGGGGAGGAGAGAGAGAAGGGAGACGGUGAGGAUUGUAAAGAGGUUUCCGAGAAAGAAGAUUCUCGGGAAGCUGAGGAAAAAACGGAAGUUGACGAGAAAGAGGAGGACGAGAAAGUGAAAGAGGAAGGAAAGGGAGAAAAAGAGAAGGAAGUGGAAGAAGAGGAACAGAAAGAAGUGGAGGAAGAGGAGCAGAAAGAAGUAGAGGAAGAUGAGGAGGAGGAGGAGGAGGAGGAGGAAGAAGAUAGCGAAGAUGAAGGAAAUAAAAGUGCUAAAGGUAGUGGUCGAAAGGGAAGAAGGCCAAGGAAGCCCGGUCGAGAUUCGGCUGAGAAGAAAGAGCCCGUGACUCCGGGCAGUGAUCGGCCUACUAGGGAAAGGAAAGUCGUGGAAAGGUACUCAGCUCCUUCCGUUGCCAGAUCAUCCUCAGCCAAACAUUUUUCAAUUGAAAAGGGUCGCGGUACACAGCUUAAAGAUAUUCCGAAUGUGGCUUUCAAACUGUCAAAGAGAAAAGCUGAUGACAAUCUGCAGAUGCUUCAUGUGAUACUCUUUGGAAAGAAAGCAAAGCCUUACAGUUUGAAGAGAAACAUUGGCCAAUUUUCGGGCUAUGUUUGGGUUGAGAAUGAGCAGGAAAAACAAAAAGCAAAAAUAAGGGAAAAAAUUGAAAAAUGUGUUAAAGAAAAAUUGGUUGAUUUCUGUGAUUUGCUGAAUAUUCCAAUUGCAAAGGCCACUGUUAGAAAGGAGGAAGUCUCUGCCAAAUUAUUGGAAUUUUUAGAAUCCCCCCAUGCUACUACAGACAUUCUUCUUGCUGACAAGGAACAGAAGGGUAAAAAGCGUAAAGCUACACCAAGCAAAAAUGUUGGUUCUGGGGAGGCUUCAAAUACAUCGGCCAAGAAGCGACAAAGAGCACCCCAAGGUGGGGAAAAGCGUAAGCGUUCGUCCAAAGUUGAGGAAGAUGAAGAUGAUGAUAAAGUUGAAUCCCCUUUCUCUAGAGAUGAUUCUCAUGAAGAUGAUGCUGACACUACUCCUAAAGAAGAGAAUGAUGAUGAAGAGACUAAAUCAGAGGAGGAAGAAGAGCCCAACAAGUCUAGCGAAAAAAGUACUUCGAAAAAGACAGCAACAGAGAGUCCUGAGUCAAAAAGCAAGGAUAAUCCCACAUCCGGAAAGAAGGCUACCCCAGCAAAAUCUAGCAAAAAGUCCUCAGGAUCAACUUCAAAGCAAGAUGUCAGUGAUGGUGGAAAUUCUGGUUCUAAAUCAAAGGGUUCUGCGUCAAAGAAGCUGAAGGUUGAAAAGGAAAGCUCUAAGGGUGGUUCCACCAAAGAGAAGGCUGCUGGCAAGAAGCAAACAAACAAGUCAUCAGAAAAGGUUUCUGCUAAGUCGCAAGGUAAAGGAAGAAGUGGUAAGAAACCUAAACCUGAGCCUACCAGGGGAGAGAUUCAUGAUGUAGUGGUAGAUAUCCUAAAAAAAGUGGACUUCAACACUGCAACGUUAUCUGAUAUCCUUCGACAACUGGGUACACACUUUGGGCUGGAUUUGAUGCACCGGAAAGCCGAGGUGAAGGACAUUAUUACGGAAGUGAUAAAUAACAUGUCUGAUGAGGAUGAGGAAGGGGAGGAAAGCGAGGAUAAUGCCGAUACAGGCAGUGGUGCCGAUAAAGAUGGUGACAGAGAUGACUAGUUUCACCAUAUGCAACUUGUGAGAUGUGCAUGGUCAUGGGUAAUUAUCUGAUCCCUCAUGGGAUUUGAUUCCCAUUUGUGAUAGAAUACUAGAAUUGGCCUAGUGAUUUUAGAUGGUGGGAUUGUAACUCUUGUAGUAACUUAGUUGUAGUAACUUAAUUGUAGUAGUAUGUAUGGUUGUAGUUGAGAUUUGCCUAGUUUCUCAUAGUGAACAUCUUCUUGUUUCAUGAGGCUGAGGUUUCAAAGCUUACAUUUUGAUAAAAAGUUUUAUGAGCA